GCAACAACCCACGCACGCACCAACAGGCCACCCACCCGCUCACCAGCAACCACCUCACCGCAGAGUCCGGGAGCUCAGCCGCGGAUUCAGCAAGCAACAAAGAAAAGAGAAGUCUUCGGUGUUCCUCGGUCGUCGCGUCGAUCAAGAAGAGAUGGAGAAGGCCAGGCGCGAGCAUGUGAUCGGCAUCCCAGUGAGCAACAGGGCGUUCGGCAUUGAGGAGCCGGCGGAUUUCCCGAGCAAAGGGGGCGCCUAUCACGGCGACGCCAAGAACCCAACCAAUUUUGGGCGGGCUGGAAAAUUCGGCAGGACGGGAGACAGGGUCGCCCAAGGCCUGAAAGAACAUGUGACCCUCGGGCCAAAACUCUACGAGAUCGUGAAGGGCAAGCUGUCGCUGGGGGCGAGGAUCCUCCAGGCAGGCGGCGUGGAGAAGGUCUUCCGGCGGUGGUUCUCCGUCGAGAAGGGCGAGAAGCUCCUCAAGGCCUCGCAGUGCUACCUCUCCACCACCGCCGGCCCGAUCGCCGGCAUGCUCUUCAUAUCCACGGAGAAGAUCGCCUUCCGGAGCGACCGGUCGCUGGCGCUGACCUCUGCCAGGGGCGACACGGUGCGGGUGCCGUACAAGGUCGCCAUCCCGCUGAGGAGGGUCAAGACGGCCAAGCCCAGCGAGAACAAGCACCGGCCGGAGCAGAAGUACGUGCAGGUCGUGACGGACGACGGAUUCGAGUUCUGGUUCAUGGGGUUCGUCAGGUACCAGGUGUCCCUGCAGGAACUGGAGAAGGCCAUCGCGCAGUCGCAAUGACCUGAGGCCUUUGUGGUCCGUCGGUCGGCUCAGUUCGGUCGGGCGUCGCGUGUUUGAAGUCUUGGUUAAUCUGUUGUGCAUACGCAGUAGUAGGCUUAAAAUUCUUGGUGGAUUGCUUGGCGUUUUUGGCAGUGGAGCAAGUCCGAUAUACAUGAUAGGAGGAAAUUUAGGUCAAAGAGAUUUGUGAUGUUGGGUAAUUCUGCUAUGGUGCCACGGGCGAAGUGGCGCUUAUGCGGUUUACAAAUGGAAUAAAGAAACAAAAAAUGUUUGUGAAAUUUCUAGAUUGUGAA